AACUGUAAAAGCUCUCAGUUUAUUUCAGAGUGCGUUUUUAUUCUUGUUCUGACUUGGAAAGCUCUUCACGUCCAGCACCAGGUUUUGUCGGAGGACUUCUGCACCCACAUAUCUCCAAGUGCCUGUGAUGCCCCAGGGCGGGCCGAGCUGGCCGGGGUCGCGAUGCCGUACGUGGACCGACAGAAUCGCAUCUGCGGCUUCCUGGACAUCGAGGAGAUCGAGAACAGCGGCAGGUUCCUGCGCCGGUACUUCAUCCUGGACACGGAGCAGGGCAACCUGCUGUGGUACAUGGACAACCCUCAGAAUCUGCCUAAAGGUGCGGAUAAUGUGGGCUUUCUCAAACUCACGUACAUCUCCAAGGUCAGUGAUGCUACCAAGCUCAGGCCGAAGGCAGAGUUCUGCUUUGUUAUAAACGCGGGCAUGAGGAAGUUCUACCUGCAGGCCAACGACCAGCAGGAUUUGGUGGAAUGGAUCAGCGUUCUGAACAACGCCACCAAGAUCACAGUGCCAAAGUCUGGAGAGAGCCAGGCUGCCUAUGUGGAGACCCCACAGGAAGCCCUCGGCGCUACGAAGCAGGUCUCUUACAAAACGGAGAUCAUAGGUGGAGUUCCAAUCAUCACAGCCACGCAGGAGCAGAGCGAAGGCCAGAACGGGUCGGACCGAGGGAAGCGGGCUCAGAACCAGCUGCCGUACUUCCUGUCCAGAGGAGCGCAGGACCAGUCUUUCAUAAAGGCGGGAUAUUGCGUCAAACAGGGAGCUGUGAUGAGGAACUGGAAGAGGAGGUACUUCAUCUUGGAUGAAAAUGCCCUCAGCUACUACAAAUCCGACCUGGACCGGGAGGCACUGAGAGUUAUCCCGCUGAAGGAGAUUCAGAAAGUCCAGGAAUGCAAACAGAGCGAGCUGAUGAUGCGAGACAACCUCUUCGAGAUGGUCACCAACUCCAGAACCUUCUUCAUACAGGCUGACAGUCCAGAGGACAUGCACAGCUGGAUCAAGGCCGUCUCCGGGGCGAUUGUUGCUCAGCGCGGGCCCGGGCGCUCAGCCAACACGGAGCACAGUGACCCUCCCUCUCCCACCUCCGCCUCCACCUUCUACUACUCCCUCAACACGGAACCGCAGUACCCAGAACCCUCAGCGGGUGCUCAGCCUGACGCUGGACACUCGCCACCAGGACAACUUCUUGGGCCUCCUGCCGUGGCGCCUCAGUGGAAUCCAGCCCGUGAUGAUGCCUUUGCCUUCGGCGCGCUCGCGCCUUUCUCUGCAGGAGACGGUGCAGUCCUCAAAGUGACGGAGGCCGAGCAGCUCUGCGCCGGCGGCGAGGGCGACCCGAACACGGAGGAGCCCGACUCGCAGAUAACUCUGAUGUGACAGCAACUGAUCUUUGAAUAUUCUCCUGCUAAACUUCCUGGGACUGGGUUUUUUUUUCCCCCCCCCCACGUGUGGCUCCGCCUACAAGGUCUUCCUCUGCGGUUCCCCUUCACCUCGUCUUCCUGAAUAUGUCUCACAGUGCGUUGCAGCAGACCAGCGACACAGAUUAUACAGUCUAUUUAAGCUCUCAGCAGGAGUUCGGCGACAGGAAGGCGAAGAGAUUCACUUCUGAAACAACCAAAGUUUGAAGGGUCGCAGAGAGAUGUGUUGAAACACAUCAGUCCUGUGUGUGUUAUCUAGAAGGUUGAGAUUUGAUAUGAAUUGUGUUGUUUCCUUAUCAAACUGUUUUUUCUUUUUCUUUUUUUGUUUUUUGUAGCUGAGUUUUUUCAUGGCACAGAUAAGGAGACAUGUGGAGUCUUGCAAAACUUCCCCUUGUUGAUAACACUUUAGUUGAAGGGGGUGUGCAUAAGAUUGACAUGACACUGUCAUAACCCCCGUUAUGAACAUGAAUGGGUUUUCAUAAAUGUUGCCAUGUUAAUACAAAGUUGACAAUUUUAAUGGACUUUUAAUGCAAGUUUCAAUGCAAAUUUGCAUUAAAAGUGUCAUUAUUUACCGAAUGACACUUCAUGGCAACGUUCGUGAAGACUCCUUCAUGUUUCUGACAGUGUCAUGUCGGUCUCAUUCACACCACGUCAAAUAAAGUUACCAAGACGAGCUCAGUUAUGUUUUAUGUCCUAGUCCAACACAAAAUAGUGCAGCGUAGUGGAAGAAAAAUGUAUGGUUUUAAUGGGGGGGCGGGAGGGUUAAAUGUAAAAGUCUGAAAAGUGUGGCAUGUAUCUAGAUUCAGUCCCCCCUGAAUGAAUACUUUGUAGAAUCCCAAGGUUACAGCUCAGGGUGCAUCUCUUCACAUCUGCAAACUGAGUUCCACUUUGCAAAUCAUUCUCCCCAGUCAGGAUUGAAGAACAGCAAACACAGUGGCAUCAUGCUGCCGCCAUCGACAUCUGUUACCGUGGGAACAGUGCACUUAGAGUAACAUGCGGUCUUUACUUGCAUAGCUUUUUGCAGCAGGUCAAACAGUUCAGCAGGUCAAAAAGAGUUAGUCUCAUCAGCCGCCUUUCUGCUGAAAGUUAACUGUAUACUUUAUUUAUUAAUUUGGUGACUUUUGAAAGCAAUUAUUACAACUGAAUUUUGACUAAGGGCAUCAACAUCUGCACUGUACUCUUUUUAUUCCACUUCAAAUGAUGCAGUUGAUGUUGAUAUAUAAUGUAAAAUCUAUAUAAAAUACAGAUUUUAACAGUCAAGGGUUAUGAAUGUUUUUAAGAAAGCUCUGUAAGACUCCAGUGAUCCUGAAACUCUGCUGCCACCUUGUGUGUACAACUAUUAGGUCAAUUAUGUUUUUUUUACUUGAGUUUGCUUUAUCUGCAUAUUCUAAUAAGUGUUCAAAAAGGUGGCUAUAUAUUUAUUUUAUUUUAUUUUUUGUUUGAUCCUAAACUAAUAAGAUCAAACAAAUUAUACACAGGAAAAAAUAUAAAAGGAAUAGGAAUAAGGUUACAAAGAAAUAUAUUUUCACAGCACAUAAUGCAAAGAAAUGCUUUGCGACAUUUGCAGAAAUCAUGCAUGUGAACACAUACAGAGACACAAUUAAUGUGAAAAUAAAUAUAUUUGACUUCAAACUAAGCAGAAACACAUUCAGACAACCUAAAAGGAAAAAAAAAGUUUAAACUAUGUUCUUAAAGUAAGUUUGAUCCUCAGUUUCUCGUGUUUAUAUGGCGUAUGUCAGAAUAUAACCUGAAUUAUUUAAGUGAAUUUCUCUUUUUGCACCUCUCUCACUCCUAUGUUACUCAACCUCUGUUACAUCAACUGGACUUUUUUGUGUGUGUGCCGUUCGGCUCGGCGGAAACCGUUUGUGACUUUGCUAAGUGUCAGCCUCCGCCCCGAGUGUGGAAGUGAUGCGAAACACGGAAAUGCUUCAGCAUCACGAACUCAAGAACUCUGGAAACAUUUCCUUCUUGCUCACCAGCUCCCCUCACCUCACCUUUACUUCCUGUUCCUUUACCUGCCGUCACGUCGGCGUUCAGGACCACUGUCGGUUUGCGUGGAAAUCUUUUGGGACUCGAGCCGUCCCGCAGGUCGUUUCUCCUCUCGGCUCUCUGGUUGUGGGUGUUUUGUUUUGUUUUGUUGUUGGUUUUUUUUCUAGUAUUGAUAUUAUUAACUUUAAUGAGGGAAAAAAAAUAAACUACACAUAUGUGUUUACUGAAUUUUUAUGAACUCACGUGCAUGACUGUGCACCCCUUCACUCCUCCAAAUGUGUUGUUCCCUUUGAUACAUAAGUUGGGUUAAAGUGCCUGCGUCUAUCUUUCUAAAGAGCAGAUUUUCAAAACACCGUGAGCUAUUUGAUCCGUUUGUGUGUAUGUGGGUGAGACUCUACGACCAUUUUUCUAUUUAUUAAAACAUAUUAAAAAACAA